GUGGAUGGGCUGAAAGUUUGGGAAAAGUUUCAUUGAAAGUUUGGCGGAGCCGGAGGUGGAGGCGAUGGGAGCUGAGGGCGAGUUUGCGGCCGCCUGCUGAGUGCAGAGAGACCGAGAGGCGAUGGAUGGAGCGAUCACUAUCAUCCUGCUGUCUCUGGCGAUGUUCGGGGGCUGCCUGCUCCUGGGAAUGAUCCCUUUAACCAUCAGACUGCCCCAGGAGAAGCUCAAGUUUGUGACAGUUCUGGGAGCAGGAUUAUUGUGUGGGACAGCUCUGGCCAUCAUUAUCCCUGAAGGAAUCGAGCUGCUGCUGGGAGAUCUCACGACAGAUCAGCAGAGGAAUAUAUCACAGAAGCAAGUUAUCAUGGAAUACAAGGUGUCUGAUGGAAAGCAGGCAGGCACAAAGGAAUUUGCACCCCCCCAUUUUGUGAUUGGCAUUUCCCUCGUCAUGGGCUUCCUCCUUAUGUUCAUCAUUGAUCAGAUUGGCAACUGCAUUACAUGGCAAGGAGGGGAGUCCCCAAAUGCAUGCCAACAAGUCUCAGAUGGUCAACAGUCCAGCCCCUCCCAGCACCCUGCAUCAAACACUCAACCUGUAGCAAGUACCAUCACAGAAACGAGCUCAGGCCCAGCUGCUGGAUCCAGCCUGACGGCAACACUUGGCCUGGUUAUUCAUGCUGCAGCUGAUGGUGUGGCACUUGGGACAGCAGCAGGAUCAUCGCAGAUCUCUCUCCAAGUCAUUGUGUUCUUUGCUGUCAUCCUUCAUAAGGCUCCUGCAUCAUUUGGUUUGGUCUCGUAUCUGAUGUAUGCUGGUUUAGAGAAGAAGCAGAUUCAGAAACACCUCUUCAUCUUCUCCCUAGCAGCACCACUCCUCGCCAUCACUACCUACUUUAUAGUCAGCAAGAGCAGCGUGGGCUCACUGCACCAAACCAAGGCCACUGGCAUCGGGCUGCUGUUCUCCGCUGGGACCUUCCUGUACGUGGCGUCUGUACACGUAUUGCCUGAAGUCAGCAGUCAAACUCAGCAUAGAGUCGCCAGCAACGGUGGCAGGAAAGGCCUGGGCAUUCUGGAGAGCCUGACGCUGAUUGUAGGCUGCACUAUUCCUGUUCUCCUGUCACUGGGACUCCAUGAUGCCUAACUGGGAAUUGGAAACUAGCCCUCCAUUGCCAGCCCUGUAUUCUGGCUGCAGAAUGUGUACCUUGAGUAGGAGGGGCACUCCUUCCCUUGUGACAGUGAUACAUGUGAACAUCGCAUAAGGGUGGGCACAAUGUCAAAUCAUACAUAGGAAAAUUACUGUGGCCAAGGAGCAUUUAUAGUGAGGUGAUGUAUGAACUAGAAUGACAGAGGGUUGGGGAGAAUCGGGGGCAUCAUUAGGACAAGUCAAACAGUCAAUGUCCUUUGAUUAUAUUUAAUCCAUUAGUAUUACUAUCACUAUCACAGACAGACACACACUGUACAUGAGGCCUACUGUAUAUAUUGGUAGAUAAUAUUUAGUUUUUAAAGUUUCCUUUUACUUACAUUAAUUACAUGCUUACUAGUUCUGCCCAAAUAUAAAAAGGGCAGCUGCUUUAUUUGGUGUUUAGUUUGAUGUUACUGGGCCAUUUAAUGCAUCCUUAAUGAGUAAAGAAUUGUGAAAGGGAAGAACACAAAUUAAUGUUUCAGGCAAAAUCUUUUGUCCCAGCUUUGAUAAUGAGUUUCACUCUCUAUUAAGGUAUGCCCUGCUGUGAAUGUCUGGAAUUUUCUGUGUUCCUAUUUCAUAUGCUCAGUCUUUGUCAUUUUAUAUUUCUAUUCUCUCUGCAAAAUUAAAAUACUUACUGUGGGCUGAAGAGGAAGAGGAAAUUACCGUUUGGAUCUGUCGUAAGUGGAGGGAGGCUAGCUAACGUCCAUUGGACAUGAACCCAGUAUUAACCCCCAUACACCCCCCUCACAACACCAGAAGUUUUCCCGAGUAGAUUCACAGCUCCAACCACCACUGUCCAGGAAGAGAUUCAUUCCAAGAGUCAGGAACGUCUGAGUGAAAUACUGGUGACUUCAGCUGAAAUCAGCUGAAGGACGUAGAUGCUGUAACAUGGAUGAGAAAUGUACAGAAAGCCAGGGUGAACACAGACUGCUGUUAUUAUUGUGAAGUAGACUAAUUGGGUGAAUUACUGGUUUAAAACUUGCUUCGGGUUUAAAUUACAAAUGCAAUGCAAACUAAGGGAUUUACUCAUCUAACCUAUGGAAAGGGAAUGAAUUGUGAGUGUUGAUAAUUGCAUAGGACUGAAUUACUGGUGUAAAAUGUCCAAAGACUGAAUUAUUAAUGAAAAGCAUAAAUACUUGUAGAAAGGCUUCUUACUGUGUGAGUUCCCUCAUGGCUGUUUCCACUGCUGUAAAAACAGGUGUAAGGAUUUCCCCUGAACUUGCUCAAUAAUUAUAGAAUUUUUGAAAGUUAGGAUAUAGGAGAUGGCCAUUCUGUCCAUCUUGCCAGUAACAGGCAAGAAUGAGCUAACUAGCUUAAUGCCAUUUUCAAACUCUUUGUCCAUGUGCCUUAUCGUCUACAACACUUUAGAGUCAUAGAGAUGUUCAGCACGGAGACAAACACUUCAGUCCGACUUGUCCAUGCCAACCAGAUAUCCUAAGUUAAUCUAGUCCCAUUUGCCAGCAUUUGGCCAUAUCCCUUUAAACCCUUCCUAUUCAUAUACCCACCCAGAUGCUUUUUAAAUGUUGUAAUUGUACCAGCCUCCAUUACUUCCUCUGGCAGCUCAUUCCAUACACAUACCACCCUGUGUGUGAAAAAGUUUCCCCUUAGAUCCCUUUUAAGUCUUUCCCCUCUCACCUUAAACUUAUGCCCUCUAGGUUUUGGAUUCCCAUACCCUGGGAAAAAGACCUCAUCUAUUUAUUCUAUCCAUUCCCCUCAUGAUUUUAUAAACCUCUAUAAGAUCACCCCUUAGCCUCUGACGCUCCAAAGACAGCCCCAAUCUAUUCAGCCUCUCCCUACAUCUCAGAUCCUCCAACCCCAGCAACAUCCUUGUAAAUCUUUUCUGAACUCUUUCAAGUUUCACAACAUCUUUCCUGUAGCAGGGAGAUGAGAAUUGAUCACAGUACUCCAAACGUAGCUCAACCAUACUCACAUGCAAAUCAAUUAAAUAAAUGAGAAAAAGCAGUGGGUGCAGCAUUGAUCCUUGUGACACUCCACUGGUCACAGGUCUCUCGUCUGAAAAACAACCCUCCACCACCACCCUGUGUCUCCUACCUUUGAGCCAGUUCUGUAUUUAAAUAGAUAGCUGUCCCUGUAUUCCAUGUGCUCUAACCUGCUAACCAGUCGAACAUGUAGAACCUUAUUGAAAGCCCUACCGAGAUCCAUAAAGACAACCUUCGUCGAUCUGCCUGCAUCAAUCUUCUUUGUCACUUUUUUCUUAAAACUCAAUCAAGUUAGUGAGACAUUCCCCAUACAUAAAACCAUGCUGUCUGUCCCUAAUUAGUCCUUGCCUUCCCAAAUACAUGUAAAUCCUGUCCUCUGCAUCAACUUACCCACUGCUGAUGUCAGGCUCACUAGUCCCUGGUUUUUCCUUAACACUUUUCUAAAUAAUAGCAGCAUAUUAGCCAACCUCCAGUCUUCCAGCACCUCACCUGUGGCUACAGAUGGCACACAUAUUUCAGUAAGAGGUUCAGCAAUCACUUCCCUAGCUUCACACAGAGUUCCAGGGUACACCUGCUUAGCUCCUGUAAAUUUAUCUACUUUUAUAUGUUUUAAGACAUCCAGCACCUCCAUUUCUGUAAUAUGGACAUUUUUCACGAUACCACAAUUUGUUUCCCGAGUGCCCUAGCUUUACAGAAAUAUCCAAGUAUUUCAUGCUCUGAGUGUUUCUGAUCUAGUCUCUGCUCUGGUCCUUUGAAAGUUAUUUUAAAUCUCUGCUGCAGCAAUGCGCUGUAAUGCAUGAAAUAGGAUCACCUGAUUCACACUAUCCAGACUCCUCAUACACCUCAACAAAUCGCCACUCAAUCUCUUCUGUUCCAAAAGAAAUAAACCUAACUAAUCAUUCCUCAUAGCUAAACUUUCUCAGUAUUGCAAAAGUUCUCAGAAGUCUUUUCAGUGCCCUCUUUACUCAUCCUUUCAGAUGCAGUGAACAGAACUGUCCACUAUUCUUGAACUGCAGUUGACCUGGUGCUUUAUACUGUUCCAGUAUCACUUCCCUUCUCUUAUACUCUAUGCCUCCAUUAACAAAGGGAAAUAUUCUAUACAAUGUUGACUAUCUUAUCUACCGGCCCUGUGAUUGUCAGGGAUUUAUCAGUAACCGUCUGUUCUCACUGGAAGUCUUUCAGUUACCAAACACCGGUCCAGCUGCUUCGUGGGGCUGAACUGAUUUAGGACUGUUUCAGUCAAUGGGUUUUACUUCUCUGGCAGUCUGUCAUUUGGGACCUUAGGGAAAAAAAACUUAGUUGAAAUCAAGAUAAUCUAUAUCAAUGUGCCAAUCUUAUUGAUCCUCCUCAAGAAUUCAGAUAUGAGCUUCCCCUCGCAGACCUUUGCUGUCUUUGACUAAAUCUUUCUCAAUUACCAGUUCUGAAUCUUUCUCAAUUACAGUUUUGAAUCUGUCUCACCUCCACUUUCCUACCCUUUCCCUCUAACCCUUGAUUACAGUUCUAAGCCUUUCUUAAUUUCAGUUCUAAAUCUUUCUCAAUUAUAGUUUGAAUCUUUCUCAAUUACAGUUCUGAAUCUUUCUCACCUCCACUCUCCUGCCCUUUCCCUCUAACCCUUGAUUACCUACUGAUCAAUAAUCUAUUUCAGCCUUAACUAUGUGCCAGGAACCAAUCCUCACAACUCUCUGCAGCAAGGUGUUCCAAAGACUCUCAACUCUUAGAGAAGAAAUUCCUCUUCAUUUCAGUCUUAAAUUGGUGCUGAAACUAUGACCUCUGUUCUGAGACCCUUCCACGAGGGGAAACAUCCUCUCUGAAAUAACCUCAUUUGCUGUACUUCAAAGCUUUGCCAAAAUGUGACCAAUUCUUGAGUUUCAGCUUAAUGUUAAUCUCUGCUUUUUUCACUUUGAGAAAAUGCUACGAUAUUCACAGCCCCAUUUUAGCAUCGUAUAGUCAGAGAAGAUUGCAAAAUGUUAGUCAGAGCCCUAUUUCAUGUCUUCUGCUUCUUAACAGCUGGGGAUACACUUCAUCCAGACUUUUAUCUACUUGCAAAGAUGCUGAACAUCCACCGUUUAUACCACCCAACAUUUCACAUUCUACGUACACUGUUGUGUGGUAAUGUAAAUGUACGUUUAAGGGAACCUAACCUUUGUCCAUCCUUCCCUGCCAUUAUACUGAAUAUGAUAUAAUCUUUUGACUUUUCAGGCAGAACACAGCAGCAAUAACACAGAUCAGGUAUGUCCACAUAGACUCCAAGUGAACAUGAUCUCUGUAUGGUCUUAUCUUCAAAUAAAGAACCUAUAUUAUUGCUUUAGCAA